UUCUGUUCACCGGUCGCUGUGGCGGCGACUCCAGCCGCUAUCUCAUUUUUCUGUCCCUGUCAAAACACUAGACAGGGUUUAUAUUUUUUUCCUGAGCAGGUGGAAGAAAGCGGGUCAAAAUGGGAGCUAAUGGAAGCACGACGAGGAAAGUGUCAUUCGGACUGGACGAGGAGGAGAAGGUCACAAUUAUUCAAGGAGUGAAGCUCUCAGAGGAUGUGCUGAGGCGGAUGCGAGAGUCCCAGGGUUCGGACAGCGCCAAGCCUGGCAGUCAAAAACCACCACCAAGUCCAAAACCAACAGGACCCUCUGCAGCAGAAAUACAGGAGGAAUUACGCAAAAAGUUUGAGCGUGAACAGGCCCUGGUGCAGGAGCAUUUGGCCAGGCUUGCCCAGAAGGAGAGAGAGGCUGCAGCAGCCACUCAGGGCCUGGAUGAGCUGAACCCAGCCGUCCUCAUCGAGAAAGGCAAGACCCACGAAGAGCUGGAGAAGGCCAAGAUACUGCCAGCAGAAAUGGAUGCUUGGGCGAGACAGUUGGAGAGGAAAGAGAAGGAGCUGGCCAGCAUCUCUGCCUUCUAUAGAGAACAACUAGAAACACUGGAGAAGAGGAACUUUGACAACUACAAGCAGACAACUGAACAGUACAACCAGGCAGCUACCAAGGCGGAGGCUCAUAUCCGGCCCCGGUGCACUGCGUCGGUCUGCACUGAGCUGCAGGCCCAGGUGCUCCAGUGCUACAGAGAAAACCCACAGCAGACUCUGCUCUGCUCCGGCCUGGCCAAGGAAUACAUGACCUGCAUCCAGCAAGCCAAGAAGAGCUUACUGACCAACCACGGCUGAGAAACCCAAAGACACAGAGAAGCGGGAAGGGAAGAAGGAGAAAGCAUGUUAAAUCUGUCCAUUUCUCACCUCCUUGCGUCCCUCUAUCCCUCCAUCCAUUUAUUUAUCCGCCAUCACUGAACACCCUCCUCCCAAUCUGCCCCCACCCUCUCUCCUUGUUUUUUGGAGUGUAUUAUCUUCACUUGUCACUCCAGAGUGUAUGAUGUGUUGAUUUAUUGUCAAGUUGCGCUGGCACACCCCUGCCGUCGCUGAAAUAAAUCCCAGUGAUCCGGUGGUGAUGA